AAUUCGAAGAAUAUUACGCAUUUCCAAUCGUUUUAUGACAUUGUUAUCGCGAAAUUGGAUAAUAACGAGGAAAAAUUCUAAAGGAACAACAAAUGUAUUCGGUAACGAAUCGAAUGAAAAUUGUAAAUAAUGUAUUAUUCGGUGGAUUUUUUUUCUUUUAACAAAACUUCAAUCCCAAGACUCUAGCAUAAAGAUAACGAAGAGUUAAAUUCAAACUCUCGAGAUCUGUGUAUUAUCAGUUUUAAUAUACUGUAAAUAUCAAAGACAAAAAAAAAAAAGGACGAAAGGAUAUUUUACGAUUCUCAUGUUCAAAUGCAAGAUGAUAAAUUCAUCGAUUCAUCAAUCAUGAUCCGGCACGAAUAUGUUGUAAACGUUGUUCCUACUGGAGAAAACAUUAAAGGGUGGGGGCAAUGCAUAAAAGUUAGACAUAUCUUAUGAUUCGACAUCACUCGAUGAAUGUUCACCGGACAGUAGGCAGGUUUUGUUACGCGAGGGAACGGUAUUCGCCUAGACUCGUGAAAGUUGCUCCUUGACCGAUUGUGGUAGUUGGUCAACUGUUUUAUUAAUUCGUCGAACUUCAGCGUCGAACAUCGAAAGGAAAUGUUACGCUCACUGUUGGUGGCGUUAUUUAUAUCAUUAAUAUGGGGAAUAUCAACAUCUCAGGAUACGAAUAAGACUGACAACCUGAUAGAAGCUAAAGAAUUUCUAAAUAAACUCGACAAACAAUAUGCGGAAUGGAACAAUAAGCUAACGAUCGCUGAAUGGAAAUAUGCAUCGAAUUUGACUAAAGAUAAUUUAGAAGAAAAAUUGAACGUAUCUUCAAAAGCGGCACAGUACUUUAAAUCCGCAUGGCAGGAAGUGAACCAAUUCCCGUGGAAGGAUAUUAAGGAUGAACGCAUCCAGAGACAAUUUUCGAAACUUAGCGUUCUAGGUUAUGCAGCACUUCCUGAAAAUCUUUAUCAAGAAUAUGAGAAAAUUAUAAGUGAAAUGGAAAACAUUUAUAGCACUGCCAAAAUUUGCGAUUACCAUAAUCGAACAAAAUGCGACCUCGCUUUAGAACCGGAAUUAACGGAUCUUUUGAAAAAGAGCCGCGAUCCUGAAGAACUGAAAUACAUUUGGACUGAAUGGAGAAAUGCCAGUGGUAAAAAAGUGAAAUUUUUGUUCAUGAGAUACGUUGAAUUAAGUAACAUGGCUGCCAGGUUAAAUAAUUAUUCCGAUAACGCGGCUUAUUGGCUGAAAGAUUACGAGGCUGAUGAUUUCCCUGAACAAAUCGAGACACUCUGGCAACAAUUGAAACCACUUUAUUUACAAUUGCACGCUUAUGUUCGUCGCGAACUUCGAAAAAAGUACGGUGAAAAUAUCGUUUCGAAAGACGGUCCCAUCCCGGCACAUUUGUUAGGUAAUAUGUGGGCGCAAACUUGGAGCAACAUCGCAAAUUUUACUACUCCGUAUCCAGGAAAACAAAUGCCAGACGUCACCGAUGCUAUGAUAAAUCAAGGAUACAAUGCGACAACUAUUUUCCGUGUUGCCGAAGAUUUUUUCACUUCGAUCAAUCUCACCGCAAUGCCGGAUCUUUUCUGGGAACGAUCAAUAUUAGAAAAGCCAAAGGAUCGCGAACUAAUCUGUCACGCUAGCGCCUGGGAUUUCUACGAUGGCAAAGACUUUAGAAUUAAACAGUGCACUGAAGUCACGAUGGAACACUUGUUAACCGCACAUCACGAAAUGGGUCACGUGGAAUAUUAUCUACAAUAUAAAAAUCAACCCACUUUUUUCAAAGAAGGCGCGAAUCCUGGAUUCCAUGAAGCAGUUGGUGACGUUAUAGCACUUAGCGCAUCUACACCGAGCCACUUAAAAACCAUUAAAUUAUUGGAUGAUGAUUCGACUGAUGUGGAAGCUAAUAUUAAUCAUCUUUAUUUGAAAGGCCUUGAUAAAAUCGUCUUCUUACCAUUUGCAUAUGCGAUGGAAAAGUGGCGCUGGAGCGUAUUUCGUGGAGAAAUCACGCCAGAUGUUUACAAUUGUUUCUGGUGGGAUAUCGCUGAAGCUUUUCAAGGUAUUGAGCCACCAAUAACUCGAUCAGAAAAUGACUUCGAUCCUGGUGCGAAAUAUCAUAUAAUAGCAAAUGUGGAGUACAUUAGAUAUUAUGUCAGUUUUAUAAUACAAUUCCAAUUUCACAAAGCUCUUUGUAUAGAAGCAAAACAAUACGAUCCGCAGAAUUCAAAUUCAAAACCAUUACAUAAAUGUGAUAUUUAUAAUAAUACAGCAGCAGGAAACUUGUUAAAAUCAAUGUUGGAAUUGGGUUUUUCUAAACCUUGGCAAGAUGCAAUGGAAAAAAUCACUGGUCAAAGGAAUAUGGAUACUGCCGGAUUAUUGGAAUAUUUCAAACCAUUGACAGAUUGGCUUACAGAGGAAAAUAAAAAAACUAACGAAUAUAUUGGAUGGAAAUCUAAAUCAAAAGUGGCUUUUGAAUUACGUCCAAGCAUGGUAAAAGAACAAUUUAGAGAAACAGACGUAGCUCGUAAAAUUUCUCAUGUCUCAUUUGGAGUGGAUAGCCGCCACAAUAUGGAAAGACAAGCCCAUAUGCAUGUUGUGGCUAAAAAUUUAUAUAAUCAGGAUGUUGAACACACUCCAGUUCCAUAUGGAGUUCUUGAUAGAAGAAUGGGUACUUGUAAUAAUACUACCAAUUGUGCAUCAUGUGGUAAAACUUUAAAUGAAUGUAUUGGACAUUUUGGUUAUAUUGAUUUAGAAUUGCCAGUUUUUCAUGUUGGUUAUUUUAGAUCUAUUAUUGGUAUUCUUCAAACUAUUUGUAAAAAUUGUUCUCAUGUUAUGUUAUCUGAAAUAGAUAAAAAACAUUAUUUAACUAGAGUAUUAAAUCCUAAUUUGGGAUAUUUAACACGUAAAGCAUUACGUAAACAGAUUUUGGAUAAAGCUAAAAAAACAUCAGUUUGUCAAAAUUGUGGAGAUCUUAAUGGAACUGUCAAAAAGGCUGGUUUACUCAAAAUAGUUCAUGAAAAAUAUAAGGCGAAAAAAAAAGUAGAUGUUAUUGUUCAACAAAAGUUAGCAGAAUAUAAUAAUGUUCUUGAAGAAAAUAAAGCAUUAGAAGGAAUACUUCAAAGUGGAUUAGUUAAUGUGUUAAAUCCUUUAGAGGUACAAAGUAUUUUGGAAAAAAUUCCAGAAAAUGACAUUCCUCUAUUAAUGAUGAAUACAGAAUGUGCAUUACCAAAAGAUUUAAUAUUAACAAGGAUUCCUGUGCCACCAAUUUGUAUUAGACCUAGUGUUGUAUCUGAUAUCAAAGCUGGUACAACAGAAGAUCAUUUAACAAUGAAAUUAUCAGAAAUAGUUUUUAUCAAUGAUGUUAUUCAAAAACAUAGACAAAGUGGAGCUAAAGUACAAAUGUAUAGUGAAGAUUGGGAAUUUCUACAAUUACAUUGUGCUCUUUAUAUAAAUAGUGAAAUGUCUGGUAUACCUCUCAAUAUGCAACCAAAAAAAUCUGGAAGAGGAUUGGUUCAAAGAUUAAAAGGAAAACAAGGUCGUUUUCGUGGUAACUUAUCUGGUAAACGUGUAGAUUUUUCUAGUAGAACUGUUAUUUCACCAGAUCCUAAUCUUAGAAUUGAACAAGUUGGUGUACCUAUUCAUGUUGCCAAAAUUUUAACAUAUCCUGAAAAAGUUAAUCCAUCAAACAUAGAAUUAAUGCGAAAACUUGUAAGAAAUGGUCCAGAUAUACAUCCAGGAGCGAAUUUUAUACAACAAGGAAAAACGCAAUUCAAAAAAUAUUUAAGAUAUGGUAACCGUCAAAAAAUUGCUCAAGAUUUACAGUAUGGUGACAUUGUUGAAAGACAUCUGAGGGAUGAUGAUGUAGUAUUAUUCAAUAGGCAACCGUCAUUACAUAAAUUAAGCAUCAUGGCACAUAAAGCAAAAAUAUUAGAUCACAGAACAUUUAGAUUUAAUGAAUGUGUUUGUACUCCAUAUAAUGCUGAUUUCGACGGCGAUGAAAUGAAUUUACAUGUUCCUCAAACUGAAGAAGCAAGAGCAGAAGCUCUAGUUUUAAUGGGGAAUAAAUCAAAUUUAGUUACACCUCGCAAUGGAGAAUUACUAAUAGCUGCGACACAAGAUUUUAUUACUGGUGGAUAUCUUCUAACUCAAAAGGACAUGUUUCUAAAUAAAACUCAAGCAAGUCAAUUAGCUGGUUGUCUUUUAGCAGGACCUGAUAUUGCUAUGUCUAUAAAUCUACCUGAACCAGCUAUUUUAAAACCAACUACAUUAUGGACAGGAAAACAAAUUUUUAGUUUAAUUUUAAAACCUAAUAAUACUUGUAAUAUUAAAGCUAAUUUAAAAACCAAAGGAAGAGCUUACACUACCAAUGAGGAAUUAUGUAUUAAUGAUUCUUAUGUUAUUAUUCGAAACUCAGAAUUAUUAGCAGGAUCUAUGGAUAAAUCAACGUUAGGUUCGGGAUCAAAACAAAAUAUAUUUUAUAUUUUACUGCGUGAUUGGGGUGAAGAUAUUGCAACAAUAGCUAUGUGGAGAUUAGCAAGAAUGGCAAGUUUCUUCCUUAUGAAUAGAGGUUUUUCAAUUGGUAUUGGUGAUGUUACACCUGGUCAAGGACUUCUUAAAGCUAAACAAGAACUUUUAAAUGCAGGAUAUUCUAAGUGUACAGAAUACAUUCAAGACAUGGAAGAAGGACGUCUUAUAUGUCAACCUGGUUGUACAGAAGAAGAAACAUUAGAAGCAAUGAUAUUAAAGGAACUUUCAGUAAUUCGUGAUCAUGCUGGUAAAGCAUGUUUAAAAGAACUUCAUCCAAGUAAUAGUCCAUUAAUUAUGGCAUUAUCUGGCAGUAAAGGAAGCUUUAUUAAUAUUUCUCAAAUGAUUGCAUGUGUGGGACAACAAGCUAUUAGUGGUCAUAGAGUUCCAAAUGGAUUUGAAGAUAGAGCUUUACCACAUUUUGAAAGACAUUCGAAAAUUCCUGCAGCUAAAGGUUUUGUAGAAAAUUCAUUCUAUUCUGGUUUAACACCAACAGAAUUUUUUUUUCAUACAAUGGGUGGAAGAGAAGGUCUUGUAGAUACAGCAGUUAAAACUGCUGAAACUGGUUACAUGCAACGACGACUAGUUAAGAGUUUAGAAGAUUUGUGCCUUCAUUAUGAUAUGACAGUUCGUAAUUCAGUAGGAGAUAUUGUACAAAUAUUGUAUGGUGGAGAUGCUCUAGAUCCUACAUAUAUGGAAGGAAAAGAUUGUCCAGUGGAUUAUAAAAGAAUAUUGGAUCAUGUGAGAGCCAAAUCUCCAUGUAAAAAUGAAGAAUCAUUAGAUGGUCAUAGUGUAAUUAAAGCUACAAAUGAAUUACUAAAUUCUGAAGAAUAUGAAUGUCUCAGUGAAGAAUUUAAACAAGAACUAUCCACAUUCCUUAAAAGUGUAGCACGUAAAAUAGCACGCCUUCGACAUAAUGCUGCAUUAAAUGUACCUGUAAUUUUACAACUUGAACGACUUACAGUUUCUCAGUUAGUUGAAUUUAUUCAUACUUGUAAAGAAAAAUACAUGAGAGCAAAGAUAGAACCAGGUACUGCUGUAGGUGCACUUGCUGCACAAAGUAUUGGAGAACCAGGAACACAAAUGACAUUAAAAACUUUCCAUUUCGCCGGUGUAGCGUCUAUGAAUAUUACUCAAGGUGUUCCGCGUAUUAAAGAAAUUAUUAAUGCAAGUCCCAAAAUUAGUACUCCAAUUAUUACUGCUGCUUUAAUAAAUGAUGCAGAUCCGGAAUAUGCUAGAAGAGUAAAAGGCAGGAUUGAAAAAACUACUUUAGGAGAAGUGACGGAAUAUAUUGAAGAAGUUUAUCUUCCAGAUGAUUGUUUCUUAUUAAUUAAGAUAGAUAUUGAUAGAAUAAAAUUAUUGAAGUUAGAAGUAGAUGUCAAUUCUAUACGUUAUUCAAUUUGUACAUCAAAAUUAAGACUAAAUCCAAAAUUGGUAAAUGUUAGAGGAGAUUCUAUUAUUACUGUGAAUCCAAGCAAAAAUAAAUAUAGUUUAAAUUAUGCUCUUACACAACUUAAAGAAUUGAUUCCAAAUAUUGUUAUAAAGGGUUUACCAUCAGUUUCUAGAGCUGUAAUUCAUAAUGAUGAUUCAUGUGGUAAAAAAAAAUAUAAAUUAUUCGUAGAAGGAGACAAUAUGCGAGAUGUAAUGGCAACUCUUGGAGUUCUUGGCAAAAAAACAACUUCAAACAAUACGAUUGAAGUUUUUAAAACUUUAGGUAUUGAGGCUGCAAGAGCAACUAUAAUGACAGAAAUUAAAUUGGUCAUGGAAAAUCAUGGAAUGAGUAUUGAUCGAAGACAUCCAAUGCUUGUAGCAGAUUUAAUGACUAGCAGGGGAGAAGUAUUAGGUAUUACAAGACAAGGUUUAGCUAAAAUGAAGGAAUCUGUCUUGAAUUUAGCUUCAUUUGAAAAGACAUCUGAUCACUUAUUUGAUGCAGCUUAUUAUGGACAAAAAGAUGUUAUUUGCGGAGUUUCUGAAUCAAUUAUAAUGGGUAUUCCAGUACCUGUAGGAACAGGAAUUUUCAAAUUACUUCACAAAGCUGAUAAAGAUGAACCAAAAAAAAGGGAUUUGAUAUUUGAUGAUCUACAAUUCAAGAAAAUUAUAAAAUCUGCAACAAAAUCAUAAAUAAUUGUUAUUUAUUCUUUACCAAAAUAUUUAAUGUACAUAAAAUGAAGAGAUGUAUAUUAAUGGAA